AUGUUGCUUCGAAGUAACGCAGUCGAAGUGAACAUGUUACUGAAAACGAUCAAACAAACAUCCUCGGCCGCCGAGAAAUUUCGAGAGUUGCAUGUACCAAGAACUGGACCUCUCGAGACAGUGGUAACACUGACAGGAGAAAGAUUAGUUUCCAAGUAUGGCUCAAACAACAAUAUUUUGGCGUACGUUCCGUUGCGUGACUCAUGGGUAACAUUAUCUGAUCUUCAUCUCCCACGUCACGGUCACGGUGCGGCUGUCUGCCAGGGUUCUUUGUACUUAGUGGGAGGGGUAAGUGAAAACGUCUCUGCUCCUUCCCACAUGUGUCGAUUUAGCCCCCUCAGGAAUAAAUGGUGCUGCGAUGUGGCGGACCUUCCUCGCCCAGUCUCAUUUGCUGCUGUUGUAUCAUUAGAUAACAAGUUGUUUGUUAUCGGUGGAAAAGACUGCUGCAAUACGGCUCUUCGUAAAACACAACGUUACAACCCUGAGCGUAAUCAGUGGGAUUAUAUCGCAGACUUAAACGUACCACGUGUCAGCCACUGUGCAACAGUGUUGGAUGAUUUUAUCUACGUCAUCAGCGGCGACAAAGCGAAUUUUAAAAGCUGCGAAAGAUAUGACUCAACGGUAAUGAGAUGGAGACUUCUUCCACACAUGACCACGUCACGCCAGCAACCUGCAGUUCAUGCACUUGGAAGGAAAAUAUUGGUGGUUGGCGGUUACUCUGGUUCAAAUUACAGAAUGCACACGACCUGCGAGGUCUUUGACCCUAAGAAGUACCUGUGGAGCCUGGUACCUGGACUUGGUGUACCACGUGCGGGAUGCGGGAUCACGUGUAUGGCAGAUCAAGUGUAUGUAUUUGGCGGGUCGAAUGGCCGCUCCAUCUUGAACACGUUAGACAGUGUAGAGUGUUACAGCGAAGAGGACAAGGACUGGAGAAAGGUCACGGUUAUACCAGAGGCUAUAGUCGCCCCUCAAGUGGCUAUGCUUAGAAUGCCUACAAAAUAUCUAACAUGA